AUGCCCCCGCACGCGACGUGGCGCGUCUCGAUCGCGCCACCGGUAUCGCGCGUCGGCCGCCGCGCGUCGACGUCGACGCGACGCGCGGCCGCCGCCGACGUCGGCGCGCGACGCGUCUCGUCGUCGCGUCGCCUUCGCGACGAUCGACGCGGCGUCGCGAUCGUAGCCGCCGCGUCUCCUCCGCGCGACGACGACGACGACGACGACUCGAUCGAGGCCCGCGACGAUCUCCGCCGGCGACGCGUCGCCGCCGCACUCGCGUGCGCCGCCGCGGUCGUCGUCGUCGCGCCGCCCGGAUCCGUCGACGUCGUCCUCGGCGCGUCGUCGUCGUCGCUUUCGAUUUCGAUUUCGACGUCGUCGUCGUCGUCGUCGUCGUCGUCGUCGUCGUUCGCCGCGCUCGUCGCGCCGCCGCCCGCGUCCGCGCUCGAGCUCGACCCGUGGAAGGAAGGCCGCGCGAGGAAAGCGCAGGCGCGCGCGAUGGCGAGCGCGAUGGUGGACGAGCGCGCGAAGAAGGAGGCGGAGGCUCGCGAGGAGCGCGAGCGCCUCAGGCGCGUCCCGUCUCGUUCUAUCCCACACUGGUCCCCAUACGACCGCGUUCGCGUCGUGAACGCCGUUCCUUAA